GGGCAAGUCCUGACAAACUUGGCUUCUCUCCGGCCCUCUCUCCGGCCCUCUCUCUAGCCCUCGCGCACUCUCCUCUCUCCUCGUUUCGGUGCUUAAGUUUCACCCAGGACGGAAGCCUCUGGAGAUGCGGCCACCUGGGUCCCGGCAGCGUGGGUGGAUCUCACUCUUGUUGGGGACAUGCUGAAGAUCCGUGGGAGGCAAAGUUGGUACUUCAGACACGGCUUCUAACAAAUAUCCAAAUCGCGUGGGGGAUUACGGACCUGCCGAGGACUUGAAAGCAGAGCUCCGAGGACUCGGCUGGACUGGUUCCCGAGAGAGCACGGCAGCGCGAUGGGGCGGCACCUGGCCGUGCUUUGGCUCCUCCUCCUCCAGCACGUAGGAGACCGCGCGGGCACUCAGGCCCUGGAGCAGGCUCCUCUGCAGUUCACGCAGUCCCAGUACAACGUGACUGUGCACGAAAACUCGGCAGCCAAGACCUACGUCGGGCAUCCCGUGAAGAUGGGCAUUUACAUUACAAACCCCUCGUGGGAAUUAAGGUACAAAAUUGUCUCAGGAGACAAUGAAAACCUGUUCAAGGCUGAAGAGUACCUUCUUGGAGACUUUUGCUUUCUAAGGAUAAGGACCAAAGGAGGAAAUACAGCGAUUCUUAACAGAGAAGUGAAGGACCACUACACAUUGGUGGUCAAAGCCCUUGAGAAAAAUACUAAUGCGGAAGCGCGGACAGUGGUCCGGGUGCAAGUGCUGGAUACAAACGACUUGAGACCAUUGUUCUCGCCCACCUCGUACAGUGUUUCUUUACCUGAAAACACAGCCAUAAGGACCAGUAUUGCAAGAGUCAGUGCCACAGAUGCAGACAUUGGAACCAAUGGGGAAUUUUACUACAGUUUUAAAGACCGAACGGACAUGUUCGCCAUUCACCCAACAAGCGGCACGAUAGUUUUAACGGGUAGGCUUGACUACGCGGAGACCCAGCUCUAUGAGAUGGAAAUUCUCGCCGUGGACCGUGGCAUGAAAUUGUACGGUAGCAGCGGCAUCAGCAGCAUGGCCAAGCUAACGGUUCACGUCGAACAGGCCAACGAGUAUGCCCCUGUGAUAACGGCGGUGACGUUGUCGCCGUCAGAGCUGGACAAGGACCCCACCUAUGCAAUCAUAACAGUGGAAGACGGUGACCAGGGUGCCGGCGGGGAGGUAGCCUCUUUAAGCAUUGUGGCCGGCGACGUCCUGCAGCAGUUCCGAACAGUGAGGUCCUCUCCGGGGAGUAAAGAAUAUAAACUCAAAGCAGUCGGUGGCAUUGACUGGGACAGUCACCCUUUUGGCUACAAUCUGACACUGCAGGCUAAAGAUAAAGGAACGCCUCCCCAGUUUUCUUCUGUAAAAGUAAUUCACGUGACUUCCCCACAGUUCCGAGCCGGGCCAGUCAGGUUUGAAAAGGAGGUGUACAGGGCAGAAAUAAGCGAGUUGGCCCCUUCCCACACACCCGUGGUCAUGGUAAAAGCCACGCCUAGUUAUCCUCAUUUGAGGUACGUUUUCAAAAGUGCCCCUGGCAAAGCUAAAUUCAGCUUAAAUCACAACACAGGCCUCAUUUCCAUUUUAGAACCCGUUAAAAGACAGCAGGCAUCCCAUUUUGAACUUGAAGUAACAACAAGUGACAGAAAAGCCUCAACCAGGGUCUUGGUUAAAGUCUUAAGUGCUAAUAGCAAUGCCCCUGAAUUUACCCAGACAGCGUACAAAGCCUCUUUUGAUGAGAACGUGCCCGUUGGCACCACCGUCAUGAGUGUGAGUGCUAUAGAUCCCGACGAGGGUGAGAACGGGUAUGUGACUUACAGUAUCGCAAAUUUAAACCCUGUGCCAUUCGCCAUCAACCACUUCACCGGGGCCGUGAGUACUUCAGAAAGCUUGGACUAUGAGCUGAUGCCUCGGGUCUACACACUGAGGAUUCGCGCGUCAGACUGGGGCUUGCCAUACCGCCGGGAAGUUGAAGUCCUUGCUACCCUUACCCUGAAUAACUUGAAUGACAACACGCCCUUGUUUGAGAAAAUAAAUUGUGAAGGAACAAUUCCCAGGGAUCUGGGGGUGGGAGAGCAAAUAACUACUGUUUCUGCUAUUGAUGCUGACGAACUUCAGUUGGUCCGUUAUCAGAUUGAAGCCGGAAAUGAAUUAGAUUUGUUCAGCUUACAUCCCAGCUCUGGGGUGUUGUCAUUAAAGCAAUCGCUAAUGGAUGGUUUGGGUGCAAAGGUAUCAUUUCACAGCCUGAGAAUUACAGCUACAGAUGGAGAAAAUUUUGCCACACCGUUGUACAUCAACAUAACGGUGGCUGUCAGUCGCAAGCCAGUACACCUGCAAUGUGAGGAGACUGGCGUGGCCAAAAUGCUGGCCGAGAAACUCCUGCAGGCAAACAAAUUGCACGGCCAGGGAGAGGUGGAGGAUGUCUUCUUCGACUCUCACUCUGUCAAUGCUCACGCGCCACAGUUCAGCAGUGCUCUCCCGACUGGCAUUGAGGUGAAGGAGAACCGCCCUGUGGGGUCCAGCAUCAUUCUCAUGAAUGCCACUGACCUUGACACUGGCUUCAAUGGGAAACUGGUCUACGCUAUUUCGGGAGGAAAUGAGGACAGUUGCUUCAUUAUCGACGUGGAUACGGGGAUGCUAAAAGUUUUAUCUCCACUUGACCGAGAGACAACAGACAAAUACACCCUGAAUAUUACAGUGUCUGACCUUGGUAUACCGCAGAAGGCUGCCUGGCAUCUUCUCGCUGUCCGGGUUCUGGAUGCCAAUGACAAUCCCCCUGAGUUUUUACAGGAGAGCUAUUUUGUUGAGGUGAGUGAAGACAAGGAGAUAAACAGUGAAAUCAUCCAGGUGGAAGCCACAGAUAAAGAUCUAGGGCCAAAUGGACAAGUGACAUACUCUCUUCUCACAGACACAGAUACCUUCUCAAUCGACAGCGUGACCGGUGUUGUUAAAGUCGUGCGCCCGUUGGAUCCUGAAGUCCAGCACGUGCAUUACUUGAAGAUCGAAGCUAGGGAUCAAGCCACAGAAGAACCCCAGCUGUUUUCCACGGUACUUUUGAAGGUCUCAGUAGAAGAUGUUAAUGACAACCCCCCCAGGUUCAUUCCACCUAAUUACCGUGUGAAAGUUCGAGAGGACCUUCCAGAAGGAACCAUAAUCAUGUGGUUAGAGGCCUAUGAUCCCGACUUAGGUCAGUCUAGUCAAGUGAGAUACAGCCUCUUGGACCAUGGAGAAGGACACUUUGAUGUAGACAAACUCAGUGGGGCAGUUAGGAUUGUGCAGCAGUUGGACUUUGAGAGGAAACAAGUAUAUAAUCUCACCGUGAGGGCCAAAGACAAAGGGAAGCCAGUUUCCCUGUCCUCCACUUGCUAUGUUGAAAUCGAGGUAAUUGAUGUGAAUGAGAACUUACACCCACCGGUGUUUUCCAGCUUUGUGGAGAAGGGUGUAGUGAAAGAAGAUGUCCCUAUUGGUUCCUCAGUGAUGACAGUGUCCGCUCAUGAUGAAGACACAGGAAGAGAUGGGGAGAUCCGUUACUCCAUUAGAGACGGUUCUGGUGUUGGCGUUUUCAAAAUAGAUGAAGAAACAGGUGUCAUCGAGACUUCCGACCGACUGGAUCGUGAGUCCGCCUCCCACUACUGGCUCACGGUCUAUGCCACCGAUCAGGGCGUCGUGCCUCUGUCCUCGUUUACAGAGAUCUACAUCGAGGUGGAGGAUGUCAAUGACAACGCUCCGCAGACAUCAGAGCCCGUGUAUUAUCCAGAAAUCAUGGAAAAUUCUCCCAAGGAUGUAUCGGUGGUGCAAAUUGAGGCAUUUGAUCCAGAUUCUAGCUCCAGUGACAAGCUGACGUACAAAAUCACAAGUGGAAAUCCACAAGGGUUCUUCUCGAUACAUCCCAAAACAGGCCUCAUCACAACAACGUCAAGGAAACUAGAUCGAGAGCAGCAAGAUGAGCACAUAUUAGAAGUUACCGUGACAGACAAUGGGAGUCCUCCCAGAUCAACCGUGGCAAGAGUAAUUGUGAAAAUCCUUGAUGAAAAUGACAACAAACCGCAGUUCCUACAAAAGUUCUACAAAAUCAGACUCCCAGAGCGGGAAAGGCCGGAACGGGAGCGGAACGCCAGGCGCGAGCCCAUCUACCGGGUCAUAGCCACGGACAGAGACGGAGGCCCCAACGCCGAGCUCUCCUACAGCAUCGAGGAGGGCAACGAGCAUGGCCGGUUCUUCAUUGAGCCCAAGACGGGGCUGGUCUCGUCCAAGAAGUUCUCGGGAGCUGGGGAAUAUGACAUUCUCUCCAUUAAGGCAGUCGAUAACGGUCGCCCCCAAAAGUGGUCAACGACUCGACUCCAUAUUGAAUGGAUCUCCAAGCCCAAACCAUCCCCGGAGCCAAUCUCCUUUGAAGAAUCGUUCUUCACCUUUACUGUCAUGGAAAGCGACCCAGUGGCCCACAUGAUCGGAGUGAUAACAGUGGAGCCGCCCGGCACACCUCUUUGGUUUGACAUCACUGGAGACACACUUGCUAGAGAAGUGUUUCACAUCUUUCAGAUGACUUGUGACCUGAACUGUACAGCAGAAGGUGGCAACUAUGACAGUCACUUUGAUGUGGACAAGGGCACCGGAACCAUCAUUGUUGCCAAACCACUUGAUGCAGAACAAAGAUCAAACUAUAACCUCACAGUCGAGGCCACAGAUGGAACCAACACGAUACACACUCAGGUAUUCAUCAAAGUAAUAGACACAAAUGACCAUCGUCCUCAAUUUUCUACGUCAAAAUAUGAGGUGGUUAUUCCUGAAGACACAGCUCCAGAAACGGAAAUUUUGCAAAUCAGUGCUAUGGAUGAGGAUGAAAAAAACAAACUCAUCUACACUCUGCAUAGUAGUAUCGAUCCACUGAGUCUCAAGAAGUUUCGCCUCGACCCCGCCACUGGCUCCCUGCACACCGCGGAAGCACUCGACCAUGAGGCCACUCACCAGCAUGUGCUCACAGUCAUGGUACGAGAUCAAGAUGUCCCCGUGAAGCGCAACUUUGCAAGGAUCGUUGUGAACGUCAGUGACACCAACGACCAUGCCCCCUGGUUCACGAGCUCCUCCUACGAGGGGCGGGUGUAUGAGUCCGCUGCCGUGGGCUCCGUGGUGCUGCAGGUCACAGCUCUGGACAAGGACAAGGGGAGGAACGCUGAAGUGGUGUACUCCAUCGAAUCAGGAAAUAUUGGAAAUUCUUUUACAAUUGAUCCCAUCUUGGGCUCUAUAAAAACCGCCAAAGAAUUAGAUCGAAGUAACCAAGUGGAAUAUGACUUAAUGGUAAAAGCUACAGAUAAAGGCAGUCCACCAAUGAGUGAAAUAACUUCUGUGCAUAUCUUUGUCACAAUUGCUGACAAUGCCUCUCCCAAGUUUACAUCUAAAGAAUAUUCUGUGGAAAUCAGUGAAACCAUCAGCAUUGGGAGUUUUGUUGGAAUGGUUACAGCCCAUAGUCAGUCAUCAGUGGUAUAUGAAAUAAAAGAUGGAAAUAUAGCCGAUGCUUUUGAUAUUAAUCCACACUCUGGAAGUAUCGUCACCCAGAAAGCCCUGGAUUUUGAAACGUUGCCCAUUUACACACUGACAAUACAAGGCACAAACAUGGCUGGCUUAUCGACGAACACAACAGUUCUAGUGCACCUGCAGGAUGAAAAUGACAACGUGCCAGUUUUCACACAGGCAAAAUACACAGGACUCAUCAGCGAAUCAGCGGCCAUUAACAGCGUGGUCCUAACAGACAAGAAUGUCCCCCUGGUGAUUCGGGCCACUGAUGCUGAUAAAGAAUCGAAUGCAUUGCUUGUUUAUCACAUCGUUGAACCAUCUGUACACAAAUAUUUUGCUAUUGAUUCUAGCACUGGUGCCAUCCACACGGUACUCAGUUUGGACUAUGAAGAAACGAGUACCUUUCACUUUACUGUGCAAGUGCAUGACAUGGGAACACCGCGUUUAUUUGCGGAAUAUGCAGCCAAUGUGACUAUACAUGUAAUUGACAUUAAUGACUGCCCCCCGGUGUUCUCCAAGUCAUUGUACGAAGCCUCUCUUUUGCUGCCGACAUACAAAGGAGUGAACGUCCUCACAGUCAAUGCAACCGAUGCUGACUCCAGCGCCUUCUCACAGCUGAUGUACUCGAUCACGGAAGGCAACAUUGGGGAGAAGUUCUGGAUGGACCACAAGACUGGUUCCAUUACGGUGCAAAACACGACUCAGCUAAGAAGCCGCUAUGAGUUAACCAUCCGAGCUUCUGAUGGCAGGUUUGCAAGCUUUUCCUCUGUGAAAAUCAACGUGAAAGAAAGCAAAGAAAGUCAGCUGAAGUUCACCCAGAAUUUCUACUCGGCAGUAGUGAAAGAGAAUUCCACCGAAGCCAGAAUGUUAGCCGUCAUCACUGCUGUUGGGAAUCCAAUCAACGAGCCUUUGUUUUACCGCAUCCUCAACCCAGAUCGCAGGUUUAAAAUAAGUCGCACUUCGGGCGUUCUGUCCACCACAGGUAUACCGUUUGAUCGUGAACAGCAGGAGGCAUUUGAUGUGGUAGUCGAAGUGACACAAGAACAUAAGCCUGCAGCAGUGUCCCAUGUCCUUGUGAAGGUCGUCAUUGAAGACCAGAAUGACAAUGCACCAGUGUUUGUCAACCUCCCCUACUACGCUGUUGUUAAGGUGGACGCGGCAGUAGGCCAUGUUAUUCGCCAGGUUACUGCCGUGGACAGAGACAGUGGCAGCAAUGGGGCAGUGCAUUACUACCUUAAGGAACAUCACGAGCACUUUCAGAUUGGACCCUCAGGGGAAAUUUCACUGAAAAAGCAAUUCGAACCUGACACCUUAAAUAAACAAUACCUGGUCACAGUGGUGGCAAAAGACGGAGGAAACCCAGCUUUUUCCGCUGAAGUUCUAGUUCCAAUCACGGUGAUGAACAAAGCCAUGCCUGUGUUCGAAAAGCCUUUCUACAGUGCAGAGAUCCCAGAGAACAUCCAGAUGCACAGCCCAGUCGUCCACGUACAAGCCAACAGCCCGGAAGGGUUGAAAGUCUUCUACAGCAUCACAGACGGGGAUCCGUUUAGCCAGUUUACUAUUAACUUCAACACGGGAGUUGUCAACGUCGUAGCUCCUCUGGACUUCGAGUCUCACCCAGCAUACAAACUGAGCGUGCGCGCAACUGACUCCUUGACCGGUGCACAUGCCGAGGUGUUUGUGGACAUCAUAGUGGAGGACGUUAACGAUAACCCUCCCGUGUUUGUGCAGCAGUCUUACGCUGCAACGCUGUCUGAGGCAUCUGUCAUUGGAACAUCUGUUGUUCAGGUUAGAGCCACCGAUUCUGACUCGGAACCCAACAGGGGAAUUUCUUACCACAUGUUUGGGAAUCACAGCAAGAGCCAUGAUCAUUUUCACCUCGAUAGCAGCACUGGUCUCAUUUCACUAGCCAGACCUUUGGACUAUGAGCAGUUCCAUCAGCACAAGGUUUUCGUGAGGGCCAUCGACGGGGGCAUGCCCCCGCUGAGCAGUGAUGUGAUUGUCACAGUGGAUGUCACUGACCUCAAUGAUAACCCGCCGCUGUUUGAGCAGCAGGUUUAUGAGGCCAAAAUCAGCGAGCACGCCACGCAUGGGCACUUUGUGACCUGUGUAAAAGCCUAUGACGCAGACAGCUCAGACAUAGACAAGUUGGAAUACUCCAUUCUGUCUGGCAACGAUCAUAAGAAUUUCAUCAUGGACAGUGAAACGGGGAUUAUCACGCUCUCAAACCUCCGCCGGCACACCUUGAAGCCAUUUUCCAGUCUUAACAUUUCUGUUUCGGAUGGCGUCUUUAGAAGUUCAGCCCAGGUUCACAUAACUGUAAUUGGAGGCAAUUUGCACAGCCCUGUGUUCCUUCAGAAUGAGUACGAAGUGGAGCUAGCUGAAAACGCCCCCUUACACACCCUGGUGAUCGAGGUUAAAGCAACUGAUGGGGACUCUGGUAUUUACGGCCACAUCACUUACCAUAUUGUGAAUGACUUUGCCAAAGACAGAUUUUAUACAAACGAGAGGGGACAGAUAUUUACUUUGGAAAAACUUGAUCGCGAAAUCCCAGCAGAGAAAGUCAUCGCGGUUCGUUUAAUGGCUAAGGAUGCUGGAGGAAAAGUUGCUUUCUGCACCAUUAACGUCAUCCUUACCGAUGACAAUGAUAAUGCACCUCAAUUUCGAGCAACCAAGUAUGAAGUAAACAUCGGAUCCAAUGCUCCCAAAGGGACAUCCGUCAUUAAAGUUCUUGCAAGUGAUGCCGAUGAGGGGUCCAAUGCCGACAUCGCCUAUGCCAUUGAAGCAGAUUCCGAAAGCGUGAAAGAGAACUUGGAAAUCAACAAACUGUCUGGCAUAAUUACUACAAAGGAAAGCUUAAUUGGCUUAGAAGAUGAGUUCUUCACUUUCUUUGUUAGAGCUGUGGAUAACGGGUCUCCUCCCAAAGAGUCCAUUGUCCCCGUCCGUGUGAAAAUACUCCCACCAGAAACGCAGCUUCCAAAAUUUUCAGAACCGUUUUACACCUACACAGUUUCAGAAGACAUGCCCAUUGGAACAGAAAUAGACGUCAUUCGAGCAGAACACAGCGGGACUGUUCUCUAUAGCCUUGUCAAAGGGAAUACCCCUGAAAGUAACAGGGACGAGUUCUUCGUGAUCGACAGACAGAGUGGGAAACUGAAGCUGGAGAAGGCUCUGGAUCAUGAGACAACAAAGUGGUAUCAGUUUUCCAUACUCGCCAGGUGCACUCACGAUGACGAGGUGGUGGCUUCUGUGGAUGUUAGUAUCCAAGUGAAAGACGCAAAUGAUAACAGCCCGGUCUUGGAGUCUAGCCCAUAUGAGGCAUUUGUUGUUGAAAACCAGCCAGGGGGAAGUCGAGUCAUCCAGAUCCGGGCCUCUGAUCUAGACUCGGGAACCAAUGGCCAGGUUAUGUAUAGUCUAGAUCCGUCACAAAGUGUGGAAGUCACCGAAUCCUUUGCCAUCAACAUGGAAACAGGCUGGAUCACAACCCUGAAGGAGCUUGACCACGAAAAGAGAGACAACUACCAGAUUAAAGUGGUUGCAUCAGAUCACGGGGAAAAGGUUCAGCUGUCCUCCACAGCCAUCGUGGACGUUACUGUCACCGAUGUCAACGAUAGUCCCCCACGGUUCACGGCAGAGAUUUAUAAAGGGACCGUGAGUGAGGAUGACCCCCCAGGUGGUGUAAUUGCCAUUUUAAGUACCACAGAUGCUGAUUCAGAAGAAAUUAACAGACAAGUUACAUACUACAUAACAGGAGGGGAUCCGAUGGGGCAGUUUGCUAUUGAAAAUAUACAGAAUGAGUGGAAGGUCUAUGUGAAGAAACCUCUGGAUAGGGAAAAAAGGGACAAUUACCUUCUGACCAUCACAGCAACUGACGGCACCUUCUCAUCAAAAGCAAUAGUCGAAGUCAAAGUUCUUGAUGCAAAUGACAACAGUCCAGUUUGUGAAAAGGCUUUAUAUUCAGACACCAUAUCAGAAGAUGCCUUUCCCGGGAAAUUGAUCAUGCAGGUCUCUGCUACAGAUGCAGAUAUCCGUUCCAACGCUGAAAUUACUUACACAUUAUUUGGUCCAGGUGCAGAAAAAUUCAAACUAAAUCCAGACACAGGUGAACUGAAAACAUUAGCCCCGCUUGAUCGCGAGGAGCAAGCGGUUUAUCAUCUCCUAGUCAAGGCCACAGAUGGAGGGGGACGGUUCUGUCAAGCUAACGUCGUGCUCACGUUAGAAGAUGUGAACGACAACGCCCCCGAGUUCUCUGCCGAUCCUUACACCAUUACCGUGUUCGAGAACACAGAGCCCGGGACGCCGUUGACCAGGGUGCAGGCCACGGACGCGGAUGCAGGGCUAAAUCGGAAGAUAGCCUACUCUCUGAUUAACCCUGCUGAUGGACAGUUCUCCGUUAAUGAAUUAUCUGGAAUCAUCCAGUUAGAAAAGCCUUUGGACAGAGAACUACAAGCAGUGUACACCCUUACUCUGAAAGCCGUGGACCAGGGUUUGCCAAGGAGGUUGACAGCGACUAGCACUGUUAUUGUGUCUGUUUUGGAUAUAAAUGACAACCCGCCUGUGUUUGAAUACCGUGAAUACGGUGCCUCAGUGUCUGAGGACGUUCUCAUUGGAAAACAAGUUCUCCAGGUGUAUGCAGCAAGUCGGGACAUUGAAGCCAACGCCGAAAUCACCUACUCCAUCAUCAGUGGGAAUGAACAUGGGAAAUUCAGCAUCGACCCCAAAACAGGGGCCAUAUUUAUCAUCGAGAACCUGGAUUACGAAAGCUCUCAUGAGUACUACCUGACUGUGGAAGCCACGGACGGAGGCACCCCUUCAUUAAGCGACGUUGCCACGGUGAACAUCAACGUGACAGAUAUCAAUGAUAACACCCCGGUGUUCAGCCAAGACCCCUACACAGCAGUGAUCAGCGAAGAUGCUGUGCUGGAACAAUCCGUCAUUACGGUUAUGGCUGAUGAUGCCGAUGGACCUUCAAACAGCCACAUCCACUAUUCAAUUGUAGGUGGCAAUCAAGGAAGUCCGUUCACAAUUGACCCUGCCAAGGGGGAGGUGAAAGUGACCAAGCUUCUGGACCGGGAAACAAUUUCCGGCUACACACUCACAGUGCAGGCAUCUGACAACGGCAGGCCACCCAGAGUCAAUACAACCACGGUGAACAUCGAUGUGUCUGAUGUCAAUGACAAUGCACCGGUCUUCGCCAAGGAAAACUACAGCGUAAUUAUCCAGGAAAAUAAGCCUGUGGGUUUCAGUGUACUACAGCUGGUAGUAACAGACAAGGAUUCUUCUCACAACGGUCCCCCCUUCUUCUUCACUAUUGAGAGUGGAAAUGAUGACAGCGCAUUUGAAGUUAACCAGCAAGGGGUCCUCCUGACGUCAGCUGCCGUAGACAGGAAAGUGAAAGAUCAUUACUUGCUGCGUGUGAAGGUGGCCGACAACGGAAAGCCUCAGUUGUCAUCUUUGACUUACGUUGACAUCAGGGUCAUUGAAGAGAGCAUCCACCCUCCAGCCAUCCUGCCCCUGGAGGUUUUCAUUACUGCUUUUGGAGAGGAAUACUCAGGCGGCGUCAUUGGGAAGAUUCACGCAACAGACCAGGAUGUGUAUGACACUCUAACCUACAGUCUGGAUCCCCACAUGGACAGCCUCUUCUCUGUUUCCAGCACAGGGGGGAAGCUGAUCGCCCACAAAAAGCUAGACCUAGGGCAGUACCUGCUCAAUGUCAGCGUGACGGAUGGGAAAUUCACAACGGUGGCUGACAUCACAGUGCAUGUCCGACAAGUAACACAGGAGAUGCUGAACCACACCGUCGCCAUCCGCUUUGCCAACCUCACCCCGGAAGAGUUUGUUGGGGACUACUGGCGCAACUUCCAGCGUGCGCUGCGGAACGUCUUGGGUGUGAGGAGGAGUGACAUACAGAUGGUGAGCUUGCAGCCCGCUGAGCCGCACCCCCACCUGGAGGUCCUACUUUUUGUAGAGAGAUCAGGGAGCGCCCAGGUGUCAACAAGACAGCUUCUGCACAAGAUCAAUGCUUCCGUGACUGAUAUCGAGGAGAUCAUUGGUGUUAGGAUCCUGGAUGUGUUCCAGAAGCUCUGUGCGGGACUGGACUGCCCACGGAAAUUCUGCGACGAGAAGGUGUCUGUGGAUGAAAAUGUGAUGUCCACACACAGCACGGCCAGACUGAGUUUUGUGACUCCCCGCCACCGAAGGACAGCUGUGUGUCUCUGCAAAGAAGGAACAUGCCCACUCAUCCAUCAUGGAUGUGAAGACAGCCCAUGCCCUGAGGGAUCAGAAUGUGUCGCUGAUCCCAGAGAGGAGAAAUACACCUGUGUCUGUCCAGGUGGCAAGUUCGGCCAGUGCCCAGGGAGCUCAUCUGUAACGUUUACUGGAAACAGCUUUGUGAAAUAUCGUCUGAAGGAAAAUGAAAACAAAUUAGAGAUGAAACUGACCCUGAGGCUCCGCACGUACUCCGCUCACGCCGUGGUGAUGUACGCACGGGGCACCGACUACAGCAUCCUGGAGAUCCAUAACGGAAGACUGCAGUACAAGUUUGACUGUGGAAGCGGCCCUGGCAUUGUGUCUGUUCAGAGCAUUCAGGUCAAUGACGGGCUGUGGCACGCAGUGUCCCUUGAAGUGCACGGCAACUACGCCAGACUUGUCCUCGACCAAGUGCACACUGCGUCAGGCACGGCCCCGGGGACUCUGAAAACCUUAAACCUGGAUAACCACGUGUUCUUUGGUGGCCACGUCCGGCAGCAAGGCACGCGGCAUGGAAGAAGCCCCCAAGUUGGAAAUGGUUUCAGGGGUUGCAUGGACUCCAUUUAUCUGAAUGGGCAGGAGCUCCCCUUAAAUAACAAACCAAGAAGCUAUGCCCACAUCGAAGAGUGGGUGGGCGUGUCCCCAGGCUGCUCCCUGACAGGCGCAGAGGACUGCUCCAGCAACCCCUGCCAGAACGGAGGCGUCUGCACCCCCUCGCCUGCCGGAGGGUAUUACUGCAAAUGCAGCGCCUUGCACCUAGGGGCGUACUGUGAGGUGAGCGUCAGCCCGUGCUCCUCCAACCCCUGCCUUUACGGCGGCACCUGCAUCGUGGACAACGGAGACUUCGUUUGCCAGUGCAGGGGCUUGUAUACUGGUCAGAGGUGCCAGCUUAGCCCGUACUGCAAGGAUGAGCCCUGCAAAAACGGCGGGACGUGCUUUGACAGUUUGGACGGUGCUGUCUGUCAGUGCGAUGCCGGUUUCAGAGGAGAAAGGUGUCAGAGUGACAUCGACGAAUGUGCUGCGAACCCCUGCCGUAACGGGGCCCUUUGUGAGAACACACACGGCUCCUAUCACUGCAACUGCAGCCACGAGUACCGAGGCAGACACUGUGAGGACGCGGCCCCCAACCAGUACGUGUCGACGCCGUGGAACAUCGGGCUGGCCGAAGGAAUCGGCAUCAUCGUUUUCAUCAUUGGGAUAUUCUUGCUGGUGGUGGUGUUCGUCCUCUGCCGCAAGAUGGUCAGUCGGAAGAAGAAGCAGAAACACCAGGCCGAACCGGGAGACAAGCACGUGGGACCAACCACAGCUUUCAUGCAAAGACCGUAUUUUGAUUCAAAACUAAAUAAAAACAUUUACUCAGACAUACCGCCCCAGGUGCCUGUCCGUCCUAUUUCCUACACUCCGAGCAUUCCAAGUGACUCCAGGAACAAUCUGGACCGAAAUUCCUUCGAAGGAUCUGCUAUCCCAGAGCACCCCGAGUUCAGCACCUUUAACCCCGAGUCUGUGCACGGACACCGGAAGGCAGUGGCUGUCUGCAGUGUGGCCCCAAACUUGCCACCGCCGCCACCUUCCAACUCUCCUUCUGACAGUGACUCCAUCCAGAAGCCCAGCUGGGAUUUCGACUAUGAUACUAAAGUCGUGGAUCUUGACCCCUGUCUCUCCAAGAAGCCUCUGGAGGAGAAGCCUUCCCAGCCGUACAGCGCCCGGGAGAGCCUGUCCGAAGUGCAGUCCCUCAGCUCCUUCCAGUCCGAGUCGUGCGAUGACAAUGCUUCCCUAGUGACUGUCAUGCACCUUGUCAAUGCCGUAGUUGACACGGUGACCCACGAAGAGUCUUUGGCUGCUCCCGACCUCAGCAAAUCAAGAGGCUAUCACUGGGAUACAUCGGAUUGGAUGCCAAGCGUCCCUCUGCCAGAUAUACAGGAAUUCCCCAACUACGAGGUUAUCGACGAGCAGACGCCGCUCUACUCCGCCGAUCCCAAUGCCAUCGACACAGACUAUUACCCCGGGGGUUACGACAUCGAAAGCGAUUUCCCACCCCCACCAGAGGACUUCCCUGCGCCUGACGAGCUGCCACCAUUGCCUCCAGAGUUCAGUGACCAGUUCGAGUCCAUACACCCUCCCAGGGACAUGCCUGCUGCGGGCAGUUUGGGCUCGUCCAGAGGCCGGCAGCGGUUCCACUUGAACCAGUAUCUGCCCAAUUUCUAUCCCGUCGACAUGUCCGAACCUCAGAAAGCAGGCCCCGGCGAGAGCAUCCCGUGCAGAGAGCCCUACGCGGCGUACCCCGCCGGGUUCCCGAGGAACUGCGAGGCGCCCGCCGCGGAGAGCGUGCCCCUGGCCGUGUACGCCUCCACGGCGUCCUGCUCCGACGUGUCCGCCUGCUGCGAAGUGGAGUCCGAGGUCAUGAUGAGUGACUAUGAGAGCGGAGACGACGGCCACUUCGAGGAGGUGACGAUUCCUCCUCUAGACUCGCAGCAGCACACGGAAGUCUGACGCCCCCACUGCCCCCGAAGUGCCUGGACUUAGCGAACCUAGAGAUUGU